AUGUCAGAGAAUAAACAGAAAACACGAGUAACUGUGAUUUCAGUUCCACGCAAACGUGUUCGUUCAAAUAUCCGUAAAAAACAUCAAAGCAAGAAAUCGUUUAAUGAUUCAAACUUAGAAGUAAUGAGUGGCAUAUCAACUCUAUUUGAUCAAUAUAAAUCAAGAAUAUUGUUACCAACUUCCAUGUGUCCAUGUUUUGUCGAAACACAUGAAAUUUCAUCAACACCUAGAGCAAAUAUUAUUCACUUCAAAACGAUACGAUCAAUUGAAGACGAAUCUCAUUUGGUUUCAGCAGCCUCAUCAUUCAAUAAAUCCUUACCUUUAUUUAUGAACGAUGAUGCUUUAACUGGUUCAUCGAGAAUAAAUUCCAUGAGAGAAUAUCAAGAACAAAAAUCAAACCGAAGAAGUCGCCGAUAUACAGCCGGCAUUGUUGAAGAACAAUUCAAUAAAGGAACGAAAAGUAUUGAUAAAAAUAAAAAUCAUAAAAAAAACGUCGUUUUAUUGGUGAAAUAA